UCUUCACAGUUUCGUUUGAAUAUCGUUGGUGGUGAUUGUUAGACAAGAGCUUAAAGCCAAAAUAGCUUUCGCGCGAUUGUCAUGUGACUGACUUUCAAAAUUUGCAUUUUUUCGUGAAAAAUACGGUGUCGGAUUAUUUUAUCUGUACUUCAGACAAAAAGCGGCCCUUAAGAACAUUAAAAAAACGACCGCUUAAUAUUUCCUUCAAUUUUUAUUUAUUGGCAAAGCUGGGGGAAUCAAAAGGAUAAAAUUAUUUAAAGCCCUUGAUCCCUAAGCAAUUUAAAACUGGUGUACAAAUGCAAGUGAAAAACUGUGUGCGGUUCUUUAUAUGGACUCUAAUAUGAAGUAUUUUGUUGAAAUAAAAUUCAGUGAAGUGCAGUGAUUUUAAAACUGAGCAAAACGAUUUAAUGAAGAGUGUUGUUGCGGUAGGAGCCUCAGUAAAAAUGGGCAGGUUUUCUUCAUGGAUGUUUAUGUUUCUGGAACUCAGCACAGUAUUUUCCGGAGGAGAAGCAGCUCAUGCAGUGAAGAGAUUUACAGGGUUAUACACUGGACCAUAUUUCGAUCCCAGUGCACCAACAAACAUUACGACUCAGCUGGGUACCCAUGCAUACAUGCCUUGCAAAGUAAAGCAGCUAGGAAAUAAAUCAGUAUCUUGGAUUAGGAAAAGAGAUGGUCAUAUUCUAACUGUAGAUAGAUACACAUUUAUUGCUGAUGAUAGAUUUCAAACGUUUCGAGUUGACGGUAGUGAUACCUGGACGUUGCAAAUCAAGUAUGUCCAAGCCCGAGAUGCCGGCCAAUACGAAUGCCAAGUUAGCACAGAACCCAAAAUGAGCCAUUUCAUUACUUUGAACAUUGUUAUACCAAAAAUUGAAAUAACUGGAGAACCCGACAUGUUCGUUAAAAUGGGAAGCCGAGUUCAGCUUCGAUGUGUCAUCACCCAAGCAUUAGAGGAGCCAGCCUAUAUAUUCUGGUACCAUGACGGGGAGCGAGUCCUCACAUACGAUAAAAGCGCCAUCGAUAUACAUGCUAAAAGAGAAGGAACUGAUACAACAGUGAGCACUUUGCUCAUACAUUAUACUAAUCAAGAGGAUUCUGGAAACUACACCUGCAGCCCAUCGAAACUUGAUUCAUCGUCAGUUGUUCUUCACGUUUUGAACGGGGAACAUCCAGCGGCAAUGCAACGUGGAAAAAACUCAGCAUCGCCUAUUCCUGCAUGGUCUCAUCUAUCAAUUGGAUUGGGAUUGGCAGCUUGUACUCCCCCUCGAUUUGCAAUUGCAGUAGCUUUGACUUUGGCCAUAAUUAGUGAGGUACUUGCAUGUUAAGUUAAUGCAUUUAAAAUAAGAGAUAAAUGUGUCAUUUGGGUAAUUUUGUUAUAUAUUUGCUCUCAUCAUUAUCAGAUUGUUGUAAGAGUUUGCUCUGCAAACUUUUUCAUAUGAAUCUCGAACUAGAAAGCCAUUAGUUUUAAAAUAAAAUAGCAUUGCCCAUAAUGGCAUAUUACUCUACUCAGUGGUAAAUAUACUUUGGUUGUGGCAAAACAUCAACAUAAAGGGGAUGAAAUAUAUCAUUAAUUAAUAUUUUAUUCUUAGAUGUUCUUUUGUAUAAUGUAUAUUACGUUAAUUUUCUAAUACUUAUAGAACAUAUGAGCUUAGUAGAAACAAGUUAUUGAGCCAAAUUUAUUUUAAAAAGUUAAUUAGAGGUUAGUGAGCCCUAAAUAAAUUUUAUUCAUGUAAAUAUUAGGAUAAGGCUUAAAAAUUACAGUACGAAAAAUCUAUUUUAUUGAGAUAGUUCGCCCCCUUUGUGCAACAUUUAGUUUAUUUUAGUCGCCGUAAUUUUAACGAUAGAUUUUAUAUAACAAAUACAAAAUUUGUAUGACUUAAGGUAUGCGCGUCGAUUUUAAACCCGAUGAUUCAAAUGCAAAAAUACAUCCAUUAACUGGGAAAGUAAACAACAAACUUUAAUUUGCUAUUGAUUAUCUGAUACAUUAAGAUGUCGCCAUAUAAAACAUCAAUGGGCUUGUAAAAUGCAAAAAGGAAAUUAGUAAAAAAUCUAAUUAUUUCCCCCAAACCUGUUGGUGGUUAACUUCUUCAAUUUCCUGUAUUCAGCUGCUAUUCUAGGGAGGCAUGGCUUAAGAGCUUAUUUCCGGCAAUAUCUGAUUUAAAUUUAACUUCGAGCUAGAUGACGCUAUUUCGACAUAGGAGCUUUACAUAACGAAACACAGAUAAUAUUUGAUAAUCCCGUACAAUUUGAAUCUUUAAAAUGUUCGCCAUGUUUAUCAGCCUUUUUGAUUAAUAUCAUUAUCAUAAUUGAUCAUUUUGUUUUAACCAUUGGGACUGAAUAUUUCUAGAAUCGAAAUGCCAUAAAUCAUCUUGAAGCGGAAACAGGAUCUGUCUGCAACUUGUAAGAACGAACUGUUUGAAAUAUUUGGAAGGAAAUUGUAUUGUUUGAUUAGAUCCUGAUUAUGCUACAUUUUUAAACUUUCAUAGAAGUAUGAGCUAGUUUUUAUGGUGCUUCCAUAUUGAGCAAUUGCAUACACUUUUGAAGGUUUAUCCAUCAGAAGAACGUUGAUUUUGAUCGUAGGCAUAGUAACUUUUGCCUCAUGAAUAUCCCUGAACUUUAGCUGAUUACAUUUUGUCAAAUUAACUUUAGGUGAUGCCUUGGAAAUGAAUUGAUUAUCGUACACACUUUAAGGGGAGCAAUAUUUCCUGAUGGCAGGCCGCAUUUAAAAAUGUUGCUGUCAUCAAAGGCAAAACAGAAAAAAAGACUUAUAAUUUAUAUGUUCUCUUUUUCAACUUACAAUUUAUAUUUAAUUAAGGGAUAUACUAAAUACAGCGCCGUUACAUUUUACUGAUUUUUACCUACAAUUUAAUAAUAAGUGUUCACAAUAUUUGGGAUAAUUUUUUCAAUUUUUUUAUCAUCAAUACCAAGAUUUGAUAUUAUAAGCCUUAUCCGUUACUUGAUUUGCCGACACUAAAUCUAAUUUUCUCGUCUUAUUUGCUUAUUAUUAUUAUUGAUUUGUUGGGUGUGUUUUAUUAUUAAAAAGGCUAUUUUCCACCGAAUUCAAAGCCAUCGCGUUCUUAAAUUCACUAAAAUUAUUCAUGAGGCCUCAAAAUUGGGCAAAUAUUGGUUGAAAUCACAUACAGGGUGUCUCGAAAUUGUAGGUCAACAAUAAUAGUGCGUACAAAAGACCGGAAAAUAAGGCCAGUUCUUCAUAUACAAUUUUUUCCGAUUCCGUUAAGCACUUGAUAGGCCCAUUUUUUUGUUUCAAAAACUUAUACCUUGUUUUUCUCGAUAUCUCUUAUGGCUUUCGAGAUAAAAAAAAACUAUUUUCAUAUUUUGUAGUAAUAAAACUAAUACUAUCAAAGUAAUACGUAUGUGAAAACAAAAUCGAUCCUUCUUAUAAUUAACUAUGGUAAAUGUUCAAAAUGCGUCCCGUUUGUCUCUAUGCACUUUGUAAGACUGUUUAAAUAUUUUCGUUUCACCUGGAAUAACAUAUUUCGGUCAUUUCUAAAAAUAUUGGAAUACGCAAUAAUGCUAUUUCAGAGCUCUUCUUUAGUGGUAACAGGAGUAGAGUAAACCAAUGCCAUGAGGUGAAGCAAAAAUCCAAUUGGUUAAGGCCACGAGAACGGGGUGGCAAGCGAAUAGUGCCGCCUCGGCCGAUCCAUAUAUUCUAAUAUUAUUAGAAAUUACCAUAAUAUGUUAUUGCGGGUGCAACUAAUAUGUUUAAACAAUUUUGCAAAGUGUAUGGAGGCAAACCGGUCGCAUUUUGAAUAUUUACCUUAGUUAAUCAUAACAAGGUUGGAUUUUAUUUUCACCUACGUACGAGUAUUACCUUGAUAGUUUUAGUUUGAUCACUACAAACGACAAAAAGUGUUUCAUCUGAAAAGCCGUAAGAGAUAUCGAUAAAAACACGGUAAAUCUUUUUUGAAGCAAAAAAUGGGUCUAUCUAAGUGCUUGUUCACAUCCCCAAAUUUGGCAAUACAAGAUACCUGUACUACACCUGUACUUGUACCAAGAUUUUGGAGACAUUUCCAAUUAAAAAAGACGAGUAUCUAUGAGCUGCUUUUGCUGCAAACAUUUCACAAACGUCAAAUAAAUGGCGUAAUAAUUAAGAAUAAAUUAAAUUUUUCAACUUGUUUGAACAACAGUUUAAGGGCCAUAAUUCGAUAUAGAAGUCAGAUUGGAAAAAAUUGUAUAUGAAGUAUUGGCCUUAUUUUCAGGUCUUCUGCACGCAGCAGGUAUUAUUGUUGACAAACAAUGUCGGGAUACACUGCAUAUUGAAAACGUUGCACAUUUUAUUAAAAUUGGCAAGUUUUUACCAUCAAGUCCAACUUUUCAAACCUAAAAAAUAAUCUAUUGAUUAACGUUUUGUUAUCAUUGGUUUGAUUACGGUUAUAUGGGGAAAUAAUGUGGUAAAUAUGCUUUAAUAAAUUUGUAUAACAUUAGCUCAGAAUUGAUUAAUGUUACAGGUAUUAAAUUAAUUUAUCCUUUUAGAGGGCUGAUUGUAAUAGACGUCGGUUCAGUUUCAAGAAACACGACACCAUCGGAAUAAUUAUUAUUACUGCUGAUAGUGUUGAGUGAGUCGAGACGUACGCAACUAGCACAGGUUCCAAAUUAUGUCUUAACUAAUUAGGAAGGACGUUCAUCAAUUAUUCGCGCUAACAUGCGGUGUUUCAGUAAAGGAAACUAGGUCACAAAUGACUGACGAAAUAGAGCUCAAAAACCUUUCCUUGAUAAUGGAUUUUUUUCCGCCACAUUAAUUGUACUUUUGCAUUUGACAACAAAUAUCUUUCAUCCCCAGCCUGUUAAAAUAUCUGUAGUAGGGCGAUUAACUCCAGUAACUGUGCUACUUUUGUAUAGGGAAAGUUUCAUUUGAAUGCAUACCAUUACCAGACGUCCUAACAGUACGUACACUAUAUCAACAUUAUUAACAGGUCAGGGCAAAAUAAUUGUUAUGCAUUAUUCAAUAGUUCACUAAAUGAAAUGGAACUCCAUAAGAAAUCACUGGUGUUUUCACAGAAAAUGUAUAAAAAUGUUCAGUCUAAUAAACAAUUAAGAAAGUUAAUAAACAAUUAAAAAUGUUUUAAGGAUAUAUAUCAUUCAAGGCCAAGACUAUCGAAAAUAAAUCUUCGGGCAAUUAAUUGUUUAUUAGAAGCAUGCCAUAACUUACACAGAACGCUACUUCAGUAUAAACCAUUAGUCCAGAUGAUCUUCAAAGCCAUCUCAAAGUAACGUUGUUGUAAGAUUAUAACUGUUUUAAUUUAAUUUUCAAUUAGUUUGUAAAUACUUUUUCUAACCCAGUUUUAAGGAAGACGCUUGAUACGUCUUAAGUAUAACAAUUUAAGUGUGAUUAUACUUAAGUAAGUUAGAUCUAAAUGUAAAAUUAUUUAUCAAAACGGUUAACUCUGAACAUUUGAGUAAGCUGUACAAAAUGCGCUGUACACUAAUAUUGUUAGUUACUUAAAACUGUUUGGUUAAGUUUACAUUUUCAAAAUGUGAAAAUAAUUUUGUCUGGAAAGUAUCUAUGUAUAAACAUAUACCGUUCAUCAAAACAAAUGUUCUGCUGUUAUUGAAGUCUGUAUUAGCCAUAGCAUUUUAACUUUCCGUGUCCAUUUUAUUGAUGUAUUUUAGAUAAGGGCAGAAUGUAAUCCAUCUUUAUGUUAAAUAUAUCGUUAAAAUAAAA